AUACGUCAACAACUAUAACGGUAAACUGGUAGUGAACUUGAAAGGACGUUUAAGUCGAGUUCAACACACAGGCCCAGAAAUUAACAAUAAGACAAACGUGCCUAAGUUACAUAUUCUGGUGAAUUUCGGUUUAAACUUAUUUACAUCAGUCUGUGGAAGUGUUAUAUUGGGUAAAUACAACCAGUUCUUAAAGUCUCUUGUAUACAAGGCCGUUGAAAUAUAACAAUCAGAAGAAUUGAUGUGUCAUGAAUUUGUCAUUUUUAUUUACAUACAGGAAAUUCUCUCGCUCACACUUGGAAUGUACAUACAUAUUUUGUUCUUUUCUAAAAUGGAAUUUCAGUAGCAACGAAGAAUAACGACUAUAAUUUAAUUACCUGUAAUUGUUUUUAUUACCGGUGACCUUCUUUUGAAACGAAUGUCUUGUGUACUGAUUUAUAAAUAUGUCCAAUACGAAAGUGCCUGAACCAGAAACUUUUCCAAAAUCUGGAAGAGUAAACGAAGUAUGUCAAGAAUGGAUGGUAAGAGAAGACAGUGCUUUAGCCUAUCGUUUACAAAAUCAAGAAUUUGAUGAGCAUUUAUCAGGUAAUAAAUAUAGAAAUGCGUUAGUACGCGAAGAUUUUCCAAAAGCUAAAGAUGAACAAAUUAGAGAACAAAGACUUGCCGAACAAGCUGCCGCUAUCUACCAAAAAAUGUUAUCAGAACAAGAAGAAUUCGAUACGAAAGUCGCUAAAGAGUUGGCGGAUAAAAUGGAAAGGGAAGAGUGGCUUAAACGUAAAGCCUUGGAACUCCAUGAUCAAGAAAUUGCAAAACAGUUGAUAGAAAAAGAACGAAAACGAGUUGAAAAGCACCACCAGAUACCAUCUCCAAAUCUUGCUCUUUUUCCUCAAAAAAUACCCAGCCAAGUACCAAGUUUACCUCCUAAGUAUGAUAUUCAAUCUUCACCACAUCGUCCUGACACCUUAAAUUACCAAGCAAAUUUACCUAGAAGACAAGCUUUACCAAUGCCUUUGCCACAUAAUAAUCCAGAUCAGUACAAGACUCAGCAUAACAAUCAAGUUGAUGAAAUAAACAGUUCAGAGUUAUAUAAUGAACCCUACUUGUCAAGUCAGAAUUUAUCAUAUCGAAUGAAUGCAUUGGAAUUAUCAGACAUAGGUAUACCAUUAGAUGAAGUUGUUGAGCGCCAAAUACAAGAACAAAGAGAUGCAGAACUCGCUAGAAAACUACAAGACCAAGAAAGUGCUCUUGAAGAUAGAGAUAGACUGCUUGCCAUAGAAGCUCAAGAUAAAGAGUUGGCCAAAUUGUUACAAGAGAGGGAAAGAGCUAAAGCAAAACGUGCCAGAGAAAGAGCAAAGCAAAAAGCUUUAGCUAGAAAGCAACAGGUUGAACAAGAAGAUUUGCGUUCACUACAAGAUCGAGAUACUCACCAAAUUCUGCCAGAUGAUUCAUACGCUUUUCCUGCCGACAUUGUGCCUCAUCAAAACAUGUCUGUACCUAGAACAAUUGCUGCUCAUCCAGAUUUAUAUGCCAUACCAAAUCCUGACGAAGAUGUUAGUUACAGUCUUCCUGCUGACGUAUUGCCUAGUGGAAGUACAGCUGUAAAUAAUUGUAAAUCGAAUUUUAGUCCAAAUAAGUUUGAUUAUAGGACUGAAUUCAAAGAAGUUAAUAAUGUUGGUGCUACUUCGUCUUUAGAUAAAGGUUUAGGCUUGCCACCAGCCACCAGACCUACCCAUUUAGAUUUAAGGUCCCCAUUAUCUCGAAUCAACAAACCUCGAUACCCAGAUCCCGAAACAUGUGAUAAUGUGAGUAGUUGCCCUUCAAGCAAUUCACCUGUACAGCAACACACUAACAUAGCCAUGGCCAUAGACCCUACGUAUCCUCGAAGAGCUCAACGAGGGUCUUCCAGUUACGAUACUGCCUCCAGUACAGUAACCACCAGUACUUCAAGCAGUAGUCCCGGCGUAUUACCUCCUCCUGAUAUGACAGAUCAUGAUGACGAUAGUCCUGCUCCACCUUACAUGCCCAUCCAAGGGCAAAGAAGAACUGCUAGUCUAGAGAAAAAACAGAAGAAGAAAAGUAAGGAUGGAUGUAAGCAGCAAUAAGUUUUAGGUUUUAAUCAUUAGGACAUUACCUUUACCCUAUUUUUGAGUUGUCCUUUGUUUUUGAAAUUUUCCCAUGUUUACUUGAUAAAUUUUUAUUGAAAUUUUGAAUAAAUGUAACAACCCCUCAUUGUUUAGAAUAAAUACAAAGAUAAUCAUUCUGGAGCAUAUUCACUACCAUCCAAAAGCUUAGAAUUGGUAAAGUAUACCAAAAAAUUCAAUAAAUUAUUUAUAAACAAAUUUGCUUCUAAACUUAACAUCAAUAUAACAAUAUUAUUGUAUCACGUCAAAUUUUGGAGGAUAUUUGCCGCAGAAUAAUUAAAAAGGUAAAGUGUAAUAUAGUAACUUUGUAUUUAUUCGAGCUAUAAAUAGUUAAUUUGAUUGAUUAGAUUACUCUGUUUUAUCGAUUUUUUUCUCAAAAAUAGUUGUGAUAGUGCCUAAUUUGAAUAUCGUACUUAUAAAUUACAGAAUGUCUACUAAGCUAUAUAUAUAUAUAUGUAUAAGAAUGCAUCCUUUGAAAAAUUAGGAAACCCUGUUCGAAAAUACAAAUCUCAUUUGUAAAAAUUAGUAGAUGCUCUGUAUAUACCCUAUAAUGAAACAGCUAUUUAGAAUUAUUGCUACUUUGUUCCUUGGGUAUCUAAUUUAUUUUAAGGUUUUAUUGUUAUAAAAUAUGAGAUAAUUGCAUUAUAGGUCUGAUUGGAAUUUGUUAUAAAUUCCGGUGAUAAGUAGAGACAAUAGUUAGAUGUAUUUGCAUUUUAUUAUGACAUAUCAAUAAACAAUAACAAAUAUAUCAAUAAUUAAUUCAUUUAAUCAUUCUUCUAUUUCUGUAGAACUGUUUUAUCAUUUAAAUCAUAAAAAAAUUAUCCUCAUUAUUGAUUUGAUACCUUAUAGUUUAUAACAUACAAAUGACUGCUGUAUUGUUGUAAUUUCCGUUCUUUUAUUAUUCUCUUGUCUUUUAAAAAUAUCCAUUUAGUUAAAAAUCUUGUUGGUAAUCGAAUACAUAACUAAUUUUGGUCGUUUAAAGUUUUUUUGGAUUUAUUUUUCCUGAAAGUACCAUUAGUAAUCUUUAUUCAAAUGUUUACUCAAAUCUGUUCGAAAAUCAUUAUUUAUAUGUUUCCAAGACUCCUUAUAAAUAAUUAUUUAGCAGCUUUUUCAAUCUAACGUCUCUUAUCCAUUACAAAAAUGAUGAUGAUAAAAUAAUUAAUAUUUUUUAGAUGUUAUUCUCAUUUUAUUAUACAAAACAUAAAUCUCUAUAUCAAACUUUAUUUUUGUUACUGGGAGUACCAAUUCUAAUAUGAAUAGUUUUGUUAAUGAUUUUAUAAAAAUCUUAAUUCAAGGAGAUUUUCAUUUUAUCAUUCCAACCAUAUAUACUCUAUCAACCAAAAGUUUCGAAGCAAUAACAAAAGUAACGAAAGAAAAAGUCCUCACACAUUUUUGAUCGUUUAUAAAUACACACUAAUUUUUUUCACUGGUCUAAUUUAAUCAUUUUUUAGUAAAUAUUAAAAAAAUAUUUUAUCAAUUCAGUAUUUUUCCUGGUAUGAAGUAAAGACUUGUUUGUUUAAAAACAGAUGAUGGGCUUCGAAACUUCUAGACAGUAGUGUGUAAUAGCUGUGCUGAGGUUGGUUUCAAGCUAAGAAACUUUUAUUAUUUAUUUGUGAAAUCAAUUUUUCAUGUCCCGUUUUAUCGAUAGAAGUGUAAUUAAAUUCUUACAGGAACUUAUAGCUCGAAUUUUUUUCAAUAGUGUAAUUUUCUAAUUUCAAUUUUAUUUUCUGAUAGCUAAUAUGUUUAUAUAAUUAUGUAUAUAACCAAAGAAAUAUAUAUUUUCACAAAUUAUUUGAUAAUGGAUGUUUUCAUAUCACCACAGUCCAUACAUAUCAAAUAACAAAUUGCGAAUAUUUAUAUGGAACAAAUUUAUUUGGAACAAAUAAAAAUAUAUAGAAAAAUCUGUAUCUCUUCACGACAGAAAUUUUUUUGUGGAUGCUAAAAUUUACAUAUGUUUUAAAAUAUAUCGGCCAAGCUCUAUAAUCAAACAUUCUUUUAUAUUUUUAAUUAUAUUUAUUUAUCCACAUCUGCUGCUUACAAGUUAUGAUAUGUAAUUUGAAUUACUUUGAUAUUUAUUUUUACUGAUAUGGUUAUGACAAGGGUGAAAAAUGUAUUUAUUUUUUUUUUCAUAGCUUCAUACAUCCCUGCUAUUGGGAACGAAUAUACGUACUUUCGACUGGCUAUGAAGAAAAAUAGUAUACACUACUAAAGUUGAAAUCUGUCCUGCAUAGGACCGAAAAUUCAACUUUCGGCCCUUGUAGUUUAAUAUACUAUUAAUCAAUAUGUAUUCAGUCAAACAUACUAGUUAUUUUAACAAUAACACCAAAAAAAUAUGCUCAAAUAAUUUAGAUUUUUUAUUAUAGUGAUCUUUAUUUUAUUAUCUUAUAAAUAUUUAUAAAUGUGAAUUUUUUCAACUAUUUGUAUAAUUAAUGGAUUCUUCUAACAAAUUAAAUCUGUACAUUUGAAUUUUCGGUGAGACUUGGAACCAAUAUAACUGGAAGCACUAUAACUUUAUUUAUAUAAAAAAUUGCCAUGAUGGUAGACCUUCAACAUAUUCCAUAGUCCAUCUCUUCAUUAAUGAAAGAUUUGCAGUGCAAACUCUCCCGAUCUUUCCCAAACCAUAUAACAACGUAAAUAAAAUGCUAUAUAAGGAGUUAAACGUAUACCAGUAACGUAAUUUAAGAAGUGUAUUGUUAUAAGUCGGGCUUGAGUGAGUUGAAUACAAUUUUCUUAAAGGGUCAUAGUAUAGAAGUUGGAAUGAAAACUUACCUCCAUGGCAUUGAAGAUUUCAAUAGCCGUAUCACAUUUACUUUCUGCCUCAACUCCUUAUUCAGGCAACACUACUUUAAGAAAAAAUUAAUCCAUUAUCUAGAGAUUCAGCUUAAAUAUUAAAUUUCAGCCUACUUCGUAUGAAGUUACGUAAUUUUGUUACUUCUUUCAAUUAGUUCGUUUUGGCCAAGCAAAUCAGCAAAUCUUGUUACACAAUAUAUCAAAAUCACUAGACUUUUUUGUAUCUUAACUAAAUAUAAGAAAAGCCACUGGAAUAUCUAAACUUGAGAAGUUUCUAGGAACCUCAUUGAUUGUUUUCUCAGUUGAUGUAUUCAAGUUCACUGGAUUUUUUUUAGAUUAACUUGAUUAAUUAAAUGAGAUGAAAAUUCAGAUCUAUAUAAUAAAAUUUGCGUUUCACGUACUUUGUUUUCUACUAUAAGUUGCCUAUCCCAUGAAUUUUACACCCAGGGAGACAAAUCUAGAAUUAAGUUGUAUGUAACAUGUUGUCCACUUUAUAUUAUAUUUGAUUUACAAAUUUUGUUCAAAACAUCUUAUUUCUACUUUUAACAAAGUUUUAGUCGAAAGUGAAAAACCUUAUAGAAUGACAAGGUAUUAUUAUUAUUGCACUUUUUAGAAAUCAUGAUAGUUUUUUUAUAGUUAAUUAGAUAAUAGCUAAUUUGUUAUAUCAUUUUAUUCCAAAUAAAUUAGCAUUCAAUUUUCUGUAGAAAUAUAUGUCUAUUUUAUUUAAUUCAAUAAUCAGUGGAGGAUGUUUUUCAACUGAAAUAUAUUUUUACUUACAUCAUUUGGUACUGGUAGUACCUUAUUUAUUCUUGUAUUAUAAAAAAGAGGUGGCUAGUGUAAACACCCAAUAUAUUUUGUGAAUAACAAAAAUUUGCUAACAAAUGUGUUGCAAAUAAUAAAAUAAAGAUCAGCUAUCUAUGUAUUUAGAUCUGUUUUGGUUUGUACCUCUUUGGUGGCAGGUUUUAUAUUUUUGUAUAUUAUCUUUUUAAAUAUUGUGAACAUUUUAUAAAUAUAUAUCUAAAGUUAA